GAUCUACUAGCUAUUGCACUACUCACUGCCUUAUUUCUUCUAUCUAUCUAUAUAUAGCACGCGACCCUCCAGGAGAGGUGCAUCCGCUUCCCUACUAAACAACUUCUAUACUGCGGAACCAUGGAGUUCCCAAGUACCUGGUGGUGGUGUGGCGCCGCGGCUCUGGUUUCCAUCAUCAUCGUUGUACUAUCCACCAAGAUCACAAGAGCAAGGUAUCGAGGAACUCAACUUCCACCUCUAGUCAGUGGUGCCGCCCUCCUCGCGCUCAUACCCACCCUUGUGAAGAACGGCAUGCCUGCUGUGUUCAAUCAUCUAUAUGCCAAGUAUGGCAGCGUGUUCAUGGUCAGUCCCUUUGGGCUGAAGAUGACGUUCUUGGCUGGGCCAGAAGUCACCACCCAUUUCUUUCAAGGUUUGGACUCCGAGAUCAGCCACGGGGAUCUCUUCGAGUUCACCGUGCCCAUGUUUGGCUUGGCGAUUGCUUACGCCGUCGACGUCGCUACUCGGAAUGAGCAAAAGCGAUUUCACCUUGAAGCGCUCCGGCCAUCCAGAUUGGCCGGCCAUGUUUCUAAGAUGCUACAAGAAGUGGAGGGCCACUUUGGCAAAUGGGGAAAAGAGGGCAUCGUUGAUUUAAAGCUUGAGUUCGAGCGGGUACUCAUGUUGAUCGCGAGCCGAUGUUUCCUCGGAAAAGAGGUCCGGGAAAAUAUGUUUGACGAGAUCACCACGCUGUUUACUGAGCUCGGAAAUGGCAUGAGCUUGGGUAGCAUCCUAUUUCCAUAUCUCCCAACUCCAGCAAACCGGCGGCGUGACAGAGCGCGCAUCAGGCUGACCGAAAUACUAUCUGAGGUGGUGGAGUCCCGCAAGAGGUCUGGCAGAGUCGAGGAGGACACGCUGCAGGGAUUGAUCGACUCCAAGUACAAAGACGGCCGCUCUACAUCAGUACAAGAGGUAGUGGGAUUGAUCAUAAGCUUGCUAUUUGCUGGAAAAUAUACCAGCUCUGUCGCCAGCACUUGGACCGGAGCUUGUCUGCUCAGCCACCCAACCUUCUUAGCAGCCGCCAUUGAGGAGCAAGAACAAAUCGCCAAGAAGUACAAGGACGGGCUAGACUACAGUGCUGUCAUGGAGAUGGAGAUACUUCAUAAUUGCAUCAAGGAGACGCUAAGGAUGCACCCUCCAGCGCUGGCGCUAGCCCGCAAGGCACAUACACACUUCACGGUGCAAACCAGAGAGGGAAAACAGUAUGAAAUCGAGCCAGACCACCCCGUAGCAACUCUUGUUCUAGUGAACAAUAACCUUCCCUACAUCUAUAAGGACCCUCAGGUAUAUGACCCGCGCCGGUUUGGCCCGGGAAGGAAAGAGGACAUAGCAUUAGGCAAGUUAUCUUACAUGUCAUUUGGCGGUGGUCGGCACGUUUGCACCGGCGAGGCCUACGCUUACAUGCAGAUUAAGCUGAUUUGGAGCCAUUUGCUAAGGAACUUUGAACUCGAAUUGAUCUCUCCUUUCCCAGAGACAGACUGGGGCAAUUACGUGGCAAAGCCAAAAGGAAAUCUGUUCGUAAGAUACAAGAGAACCGGUUCCAUGAAGUCAAUUUAGAUUUUUUUUUUGCUUGCGUGCAACCUAUAUGCAUGCAUAAAUAUAUGUAAGAGCCGGCUCUGUCCAGUCAGUUUUAAGUCUAUAAGUAAUAACUCUUGAAUAAUGUAGUAAUAUAAUGAAUGCCAUAUGCAUCAGUCGAUGAGAAAAAAAUCCAUCCAUGUUUCCUUAGGUAUAAUAUCCAUGUAAUUGUGUUUGUAUCUUAUUGAUGCGAACUUUUAAGUAAAUAAAAUGUCUCUUCAUAAAAA